AUGAGCCAGAAGCCUUGUCGUCUCAAGGGUAUCGAAAAGGGCGAUCCUGAUAUCCCCGUCAGCGUCGCGGCUAGCAUGGUCAAUAGUCACUAUCUUGGAUUCUCAGGAUUUGCCACUGGCUUCUCGUUUGCCAAUACCGUGCUCAAUGGAACCGCUAGUUUAAUGAGCAUAUCCAAAGACAAUAAAGCUGAGAGAGAAGACAUCAUGAAAUAUAUUGUCAUUUCGCAGAUUCCUGAUCGAUGGAACCAUCUUCGGCCAAUCGGCUCAGAUGUGGAUUACGUCUCUAUCAUCAAGAUCACCCCCAAUACGCAAAAAUCACACACGCAUUCGGUGCCCAAGGUUUUGGGUCUGGAAGUACAAAAUGAUGUCGAGGAUAAAGAACUCUGCAAGCAGCAUUGGGAGGGCGCAAUAUCUUUCUGGGAGAAACUGGGACAGCCCAUUUCGGGAAAAAAUAAUCUGCCAGAGGGGAAAGAGAGGGUUGCGCCUCGAUACAUUUAUGAUUUUAUUAAGGAGCAGAAUGCGAAGAGUGAGUAUUUUGCUAGGCAAAUGGCGGGCGCGGAUUAUCCUUUUGAUUAUCCUAGACAUUGA